AUGUCAAAUUUGGUGUUUUACGCUGGAAUUGGUUUAGCAGCGAUUGGUUUUACUGGACGAUAUUUAUUGAAACACCAGCAUCGUAUUAAAAAAGCAGCUGAAGCUCUACCCAUUGCUUCCCUCUCCAAAUAUUAUCGUGGUGGUUUUGAAACAAAAAUGACGAGACGAGAAGCAUCGCUGAUUCUCGGUGUAUCAGCAACUGCGAAACCAGAUAAAAUCAAAGAGGCACAUAAAAGGAUAAUGAUUGCAAAUCAUCCGGAUAGAGGUGGAUCACCUUAUUUAGCGGCAAAAAUUAAUGAAGCUAAAGAUUUAUUGGAUUCUACACGAUUCGGACCGUAG